AUGUUCGGCCAUAGCACAUGCCCCACAAGUAUCAUCAAGGCUUACAAUGGGGGUGACUACUCCGACUUGACCAUUACCUGCGGGUCCAUGGUCUUCACCGUUCACAAGCUUGUCGUCUGCACGAAAUGUGCCUUUUUCGAAAAGAGCGCCAAAUUUGGUAAGGAAGCCGAAGAGAACCGCAUCGACUUGCCUGAAGAUGAUCCUGAGAUGAUCCGACGUUUGAUAGCAUACCUCUACCUGGGCGACUACGAGCCCUGCUAUCACACCAGCAUCUCCAAUUUCCGGAACAUGAAGCAGCCUGAAUCCAGAACAGAAUUGGCCACAACCUAUCACGCCCGAUAUACCAAAGCUCUAUUCGAUACAGAUCUAUGCGCUUGUCUCGCCUUGGGACCAGGAGCCGUUCCACAAAAGAAGGCACCUCGUUCUGACAGUGUCUCUCCAGAGUACAAGCUCAUUGAGAGGCCUGACAAAUCAGUCGAGAUCGCGACACCUCUGUCUGUUCACGCGACCAUGUACGCUCUAGGCGACAAGUAUCAUGUUGACGGACUUUGCCAACUUGCCACCUCAAAGUUCGAUUCGUGUCUCCACUACCACUGGAAUUCUGAGGAUUUCAUCGAUGCGGUGCAGAUCGUCUACAGUUCUACCCCCGAUACGAAUCGCGGACUUCGGGAUGUUGUGUUGAAAGCCUUCAACAUACACUUCGGGAUCAAUAUAGCACAAAUUCCAGGCCUUGAAAUGAAGUUACACACGAUCGACGAAAUGUCUUUCCAUUUGAUGAAAAGCUGGCCGAAGAAGGCGUCUCUCACUCCACAAUCUGCCCAGAAGCCUCCGGUCGCGUCGAGUUCCCUCUUUGCAAGUUUCCUACCCCCACAGCCUGUACCUGGAGGUCCUUCGCCCCAGUUCUUCGCGCAUGCUCAGCCUCCACGACCUGCGUCUGGAAAUCCUCAACCUUCAUUGUUUGCGAGUGUUCAGUCCCAACGACCGGUACCUUUAUUUGGAGGGUCCGGAUCAUCAACGCAAUCGCCUCCUGGACCACCGCGACCUUGA